AUGAAAAAGUUGUGGCAACACCCAUAUCUGAAUGUCUUUAAACACUUUAAAGUGGAGGAAUGGAAAAGAUCCACCAGGGAAGGUGACGUGACCACCGUUAUGGACAAGACUCUGAAAGGGACGGUGUAUCGCAUCAGCGGCGCCGUUCCGGCGAGCAACUACCUCCAGCUCCCGAAGACGAGCACGCAGUCGCUGGGUCUCACUGGACGCUACCUCUACCUCCUUUUCAAACCUGCACCGGCGAAAUAUUUUGUGGUGCACCUGGAUGUUGUCACAGAGGACAAUCAAGUCGUCCGCAUCUCCUUUUCUAACCUCUUUAAGGAAUUCAAGUCAACCGCCACGUGGCUCCAGUUCCCGUUUAUUUGUGAGGCGGCCAAGGGAUCCGUGUACGAGCGCACAGCCAGGACUUCCAAGCGAGAUCUGGUGGGCCUGGCUCCCAGCCACGUACGGUGGACCUGCUUGAUGCUUGACCUCCGCUACAUCCUCUCCCUGUACCUGAACAGAAAAUAUAGCCACCUGAAGAGCGUGAAGCUGUGCGCCAACCUUCUGGUGAAAAACCUCUUCACCAGUGACUUGCUGUUCGAUCCAGGCGUGACUUUUUCGGAGGCUCAGCAGUCCAAACAGGCUCUGCACGGUGCCUCUCCCAUGCCACGAGAAAUGGCAUUUCCCGUGCCAAAAGGUGAAAACUGGCAUGAUCUCUAUGACCACAUUCAGUUUCCUUCUGACGGAUCCAAGAUGCCGUUUGACUCUAUCCAGAAAGCCGCUUCAGCUCCUGCGGCAGGCUUUCCCUCGACUUUUUCGGAGGCUCAGCAGUCCAAACAGGCUCUGCACGGCGCCUCUCCCAUGCCACGAGAAAUGGCAUUUCCCGUGCCCAAAGGUGAAAACUGGCAUGAUCUCUAUGACCACAUUCAGUUUCCUUCUGACGGAUCCAAGAUGCCGUUUGACUCUAUCCAGAAAGCCGCUUCAGCUCCUGCGGCAGUGGCUUGUGCGGAAGACAAGCCCGUGGGCCAGUUGACAAAGCCAGUAUCCUUGAGCAAACCAGUGCGAGACCGGGUAUCUCUUUUUCUUCCUGUCCUUUCAGUGGCUUGUGCGGAAGACAAGCCCGUGGGCCAGUUGACAAAGCCAGUAUCCUUGAGCAAACCAGUGCGAGACCGGGUAUCUCUCAUCCAACAGAUUACCAGCCCCAAAGAGAUGGCCCGCCAGUCUCCUUUACUUACAAAGAACGUCCCCAAGAUUCACCGGACGGUCUCUGAGCCUCUACAGACAGCCCACGCUGUGGACCCCCCGGGCCCGAGAGAAGGACUCCGGGCUGGGGGGGAUUCCUGCCUCCCGGCUGCUCCAGUGGAUGAUGGUGGCAUCCAUGUGUAUGCCCACCGAAAAGGGGAAGUGACAAUCCACGCCGUCCCUGUGGAUUCGGAUGAGAAUAUAUGCCCGCAAGGGACGAGGCCAAAGGUGGUUUCAGCCAAGAAUUCUGCUCGCUGCAUGAGGCUGUUACCGGACCCAAUUCUGACGCUGAAGAAGGUUAUCGGAUUCGGAGGCUGCAGCACCAAAUGGGCUUUGUGGGCUGCCGGCGGCUCUGUGGUUCUGUAUCCUUGCCAUGCUUUGAUUGUAGCAAUAGCGCUAGACUCUGGCAGGCAGCGGUUCUUUGCUGGCCACACUGAUAAGGUGGCAGCGCUGGCGUUCAAUGGCAACGACACUUUGUUGGCGUCGGCGCAGACGGGGCAGCUGAGCAUGAUGCGUCUCUGGGACUUCCCGUCGGGAGAGUGCCUUGGCGUGUUUAAAACAGGCAUGGAUUCAGUCUCUUGCCUCAGCUUCUCCUACAGCGGGAGCAUCCUUUGUGGCACCGGGAAGGACCGGCACGGGAAAACAGUGGUAGCCGUGUGGAACACUGUUCAGGUGACCCGCGGAGGGGAAGCGGUGAUGCUAGCUAAGGCCCACACUGAUGUGGACAUCCAGACCUUAAAGAUCGCCUUUUUUGAUGACACCAGGAUGGUCUCGUGCGGCCGAGACAACGUGAGGCUGUGGCGAGUCCGGAGCGGGGCCCUGCGCUCCUGCCCGGUAAAUUUGGGCGAAUACCGUUCCCUGGAGUUCACUGACCUGGCCUUCGAGGCAGGCCACUCCGCAGACCGCGAGCCGGAAGAUCGGACGCUGUUCGUCUGCAGCAGAAGUGGGCAUGUAUUGGAAAUAGAUUAUAAGUCGGUCACGGUCCGAAACGCCCGGCGCCUCCUGCCGUCCGAGGCACAGCACCGUCAUCGGCGAGAGAAGCAGACGUUCAACUCAGGUCCUGGGAUUGCACUAAACGGUAUAUGCCUGUCCCCGAAUUUCUGCGCCACAGCCUCCGAAGACGGGUACCUGCGUUUGUGGCCGCUGGAUUUCUCUGAAGUGAUCUUAGAGGCAGAGCACGACUACCCGGUGAAUUCUGUUUGGAUCAGCCCAGAUCAGCUGAAGGUUUUGUGCACGACCGCCACGGGGAACGUGGGCUGCCUGGACAUCCAGUCCAGGGACUACUGCACCAUCAUGCGCUCCCACGUGGAGUCCGUUCUGGCGUUCUCGGUGGACGGAUCUCAGAAGCAGCUGGUGACGGUGUCUCGGGAUCGCACCAUCCGCGUUUGGGACAUGGAAACCAUGCAGCAGCUGUACGAAUUCAGUGCCUCGGACGAAACGCCCUGCACGGUGGCCUUCCACCCCUCUCAACAUAUUUUUGCCUGCGGUUUCGAUACCGGCGUGGUGAGAACCAUCAGCCUGGCUGCCUCCAGGCUCCUUGAAGAGCACAAGCAGCACCGAGGCUCCAUCACGGGUCUGGCCUUCUCUCCAGACGGGAACUUCAUGUACAGCUGCUGCGCGCACGGGACCCUGGCUCUUUACAACUGCGCUGUCCAGAAAAGCCACAUUGUCCGAGUUCUCGCUAACGUCGUGUCGCAAGAAGCCGAACACGGUCCUGACGCGUUGUCCGUCAGCGGCGACGGGCGUCUCUUGGCCUUUGUGGGACCUUCCAAGUACAUCGUGACCCUCAUGGACGCCCAUACGCUGGAUGAGCUGCUGAGAGUGGACGUGAGCAUCUUAGACCUGGACAGCGCCGUUCUGGACACAGCUGUGAGACUAUGCUUUGCCCCUUUCCCUUUGGGCCACCUUUUAGUGACGACAUCUUCUCAGAAGGUUCUCGUGCUUGACGCCAAGUCGGGACGCCUGGUCCGAGUGGUUUCGCAGGUGCACAAACAAUCCUGUUCUUCGUUGGCCUUUAGCCCCGAUGCUCGGUAUCUCCUGACGGCUGGCGAUCGGGCUAUCAAGGUGUGGGAUUAUGGGAUGAGAUUUGACGUCAACGCCCAGGUGUUUAUCGGCCAUUCCGAGCCCAUCCGGCAGGUGAGGUUCACUCCGGACCAAAGACAAGUCGUCAGUGUCGGAGACGCCAUCUUUCUGUGGGACUUCCUAGGUGUGCACGCAGAGGACUCGUCCACAUCUGAGAUCCUCUCUUUUGAGUCCUUGAAUUCUCCCAGUGCUGCUGAUCUGGAAAAGACAGAGGGUUUGACCCCCGGGGCCAGCGAUGUCCCCCGCCAGCUGGUCCCUCUGCCGAUGGCCGUGUCCCCACCCUGUCUGGAUGUCAGUUCUAUUCAUCGAUUGGCGGACGAGGAUCUUUCUUCAGAAUCGGAACAGGAAGAGAAGAGGGCCGGCCCGAAAAGCAGCAGCAGCCACGAAGUUGUUAACGGCAAGGAACCCAUUCGGGCUCUGAAGCAAACAGCCGAAGAGCCACCGGUUGCGAAGCCUGCCAGGGCCCGGCCUUGCCUUCAGCCACGCGGCCAUGCAGAAUGCAAAAAGGAAGCCCAUGGUUCGGGAUCCCAAACCCACGUCCGCCCAGACUGCUACCGCCACUUUUCUCCUCGCUUCAAAACUUCUCCGCGUCCUAAGACAUUCUCCUCUCCUCUAUCCGGGAACGAAGGUUUGAAACUGAAAACUGUGAUCGGAUAUAAUGGAAACGGCCGCGGAAAUAUGGUCUGGAAUCCAGACACAGGUUUCUUUGCCUACACCUGCGGCUGCCUGGUCAUCGUGGAAGACCUCCAUUCCGGAGUUCAACAGCAUUGGCUUGGCCACCCGGAAGAGAUUUCGACGUUGGCUGUGAGUCAUGACGUCCAGGUCCUGGCCUCGGCCUCUGGCCAAGGGUGUGGAGACUCGCGCUGCCAGAUUCGCAUCUGGAACACCCAGAACGGAGACUGCCAGAAAGUUCUCUUCCAUCACGAGACCCAGGUGCAAGCCAUGGCCUAUUCUCGAGACGACCGUCUCCUGGUGACGCUAGGGGACUAUCUCGACAGGGACCUUUCUCUGUGGAACACCCAGACGUACGAGCUGAUGUCCUCCACGCGUUUCUCCGAGCCCGUCCACGCCGUCGCCUUCAGCCCCCUCUCCGCGGGACGCCUGGCCUGCGUCGGGAGGGGGACGGUGACCUUCUGGCUCCUGGACCAGCAGAGUGCGGACCUCAGCCUCAAGGUUCACAAAGUCCCCGUCCCGGACACCGUGGGUCCGGUGGAGCUCACGUCGCUCUGCUACGGGGCUGCCUGCCUUCUGUACGCAGGGACCAGCGCGGGACAGAUAUGCGUCUGGGACACGGAGACCAGUCGGUGCUUCAUGACUUGGGAAGCUGCCGAGGGAGAAAUUGGUGUCCUGCAGUGUCACGGGAACCGACUCAUCAGUGGCAGCAACACCAGAAAGAUCCAGCUUUGGUCCGUGGGGGCUGUUCAGGAGCUGAGGGUGAAAGGUUCUGGCGCCAGAUCCGGCUCCGUCCUUUUGGAACAAGAGAUGACCCUGGACGGGACCGUCGUCAGCGCCGCCUUCGAGGACUCGGCCGACAUGGGCAUCGUCGGCACCACCGCCGGGACGUUGUGGUACAUCAACUGGACGGACAACACCAGCAUCCGGCUGAUCAGCGGACACAAGAACAAGGUGAACGAGGUGGCGUUCAGUCCCCAAGAGUCUCACUGUGCUACCUGCGGUGAAGACGGCAGCGUGAGGGUCUGGGCGCUGGCCAGCAUGGAGCUGGUGGUGCAGUUUCAGGUCCUCAACCAGAGUUGCCUGUGUCUGGCCUGGAGCCCGGUAUCCCCGUCCGCCGACGGGGCAGAAAGCCAGCACAUCGUGGCCGGCUACAGUGACGGCACCAUCCGGGUGUUCAGCCUGUCCCGGACGGAGAUGGAGUUGAAGAUGCACCCCCACUCCGUCGCCGUGACUGCGCUCGGAUACUCGGCCGACGGAGAGAUCAUCCUGUCUGGAGGGAAAGACGGGCUCAUGGCGGUGAGCAGCCCUCGUACAGGAAUGACCGUCCGCGUGCUAACCGACCACCGGUCGUCCCCCAUCAACGUCAUCCACUGCAUAAGAAAACAGCACACCGACCUGCUGGGGAUUGAAGGCGGCGAUCUGUGGCUGGCCGCGAGUGCCGAUCGGCGCGUCAGCGUCUGGGUCUCUGAUUGGAUGAAGGACAAAUGCGAGCUCAUCGAUUGGCUGAGCUUUCCAGCGCCGACCGGCCCCGAAGUGCCGAACCCUUUGCCUCCCAGCCUAGCAGCGUUUUGCCCCUGGGACCCCACAACGGUCGCCUACGUUGGCUUCGGAUUGCAAAAGGAGAUCCUUCUGUACAGCUUGCGGCUGAAACAGGUUACUGAGAGGAUCCCCCUGCCUUAUUUUGCCACGUCGCUCAGCUUGUCUCCUGCGGCCGCCAUGAUUGCCGUCGGCUUCAACGAACGGGUGCUGAGGCUGAUUGACCGUACGGCCAAGACCGAGCAGGACUACCGGGGCCACGAUGACGGCGUUUGGCUCUCGAGGUUUACUCCGUCCGGGAAGCGCCUCUUCACGGCUUCCUACAAUGAGAUCCUGGUGUGGGAGGUCCAGAGCAGAUGAUCCGAGGGGGCGGGGUGAUGCCCGCCGGUGGCUGCGCCACUUACCCCGGGCAGGUGGCAGAACGCUCGAAACCGAGUGGGGCCCUCUUGAUUCCGGGGCCAGAACUUCAGCCUCUUGGAGUGGAUCAGGAACAUUGCAUUACAAGGGUCUCCCUUGGGCCAGGCAAAACGGCGUCACAGUUUUAGAACUGCCCAAAGUUCGGAGGUCAGUGGCUCGGCGAGAUUAGGAGAAAACCAUUCCCCCCACAUCGGAGCCGGCAGGAAAUCUCUCCCCGGAGACUUUUCCAUGUAGAAAAUCAAGGACAAUCCUCCCCUUUCUACGUAUUAGCUCGGCGGAGUUCCUUAAUCUGAACAUGUAUGUAAAAAAAAGAUUAAUUUGUAUUUUUUAAAAAGAUGAACAUGGAUUUCUUCUUUCUAAUUCAUCCUUCCUGGGUCUACAGUUUGGUUUUUAAGUUACGUUCUUCGCUGAGUUUCGGUUGAUCCAGAUGGGGGUUCUCACUCUUUUCCUCCCGUGUGUUACGUCUCGUGUGUGCACUGACAACUUAGUUACAUGAAAUCACAAAAGGGAGGCCGAAAGCCCCAAUCCAGGAACACUUGCCACGCUCAGUAGAUCAGGGAGGACAGCUGGGUCAGCAGCGCGAGUACACAUCUGUUUUUAAAGUAGCCUCUCUUUUCUAAGCGGGAGAGCAUUUUAAGGACUAUUAUCGGGACGUUUCUACCUUGCUUGAUAUCCAAAAUUUGCUAAUGCUUUUUUUAAAAAAGAGGUUUUCCACUAAGUUGGUGGGAGGAAAACCUAUCAAACUGGUGCUGAAAUAUCCGGUACGUAUUUCCCGUUUCAACCUGGCCCAUAAGAACAACAUCACAACAUUGCAGGACGCCUAUAAUUUAUGGUAAGGAGGGAGAGCAAGCUGAUCUAUGUUAGGUUUUAACAGGAUUCCAAAUAAAUGAAUAU